UCUAAGAGCAAGACCAUUCGCACCAAAUUUUACUUGUUGUCUACAGGCCGAAAAACUAUCAGGAAGCUUACAACUGAGCUUCGCGUUUUCCAACCUGAUGGCGUUCUUACUCUUGGCUGUAGGAAUGCAGGCAUCUCUUAACCCAGGUCCUCUUUGCUACACUUAUGCUUCUCUACUGAUGUUCUUCCUUCUGGCUGCUUCUAUGUGGAAUACAUCCAUUUGCCUAGAAUCUUUUCUCCACAAAAUGAGAGUCAAGACCUCAGAAAACAUCAGGUACUUUGGUCACGUGUUGUGGGGUUGGGGAGCGCCAGGUGCCGUCACAACAAUCAGCUUGCUCCUUGACCUUAAUAGGCACAGUUUGCCUUGUUCGACAGUCACCCCAAAAUUUGGCUUUUAUCGAUGUUUCUUCUCGGACGCAACCGCGAAACUGCUGUACCUCUACUUGCCUAUCCUCGUCUCUAUUUGUGCCAAUGUGGUCUUGCUCCUCCUGACGAAGUACCUGAACACGCAGAAGGUCAGAAGACUCUCCAUGAAGCUCAGAGCUAGGUCUAGCAUCGGAUUUACGAGCGCUGCUGCGGAUGAGACCGAAAGAUCUAAGGCAGAGGAGGGAAGUAGUAGGUCUAGCAAACUGACGGCUCUCCAGUUUGACAACGAGUACCUGGGGAUCGGCGCAAAAGAGAGCAAGUGGACAAAAUGCUUCAAACUCGUCACGUGGUCUGGCGUCACUUGGGUAUUCGAAUUCGCCGGUUUCCUGACGGAAUCGGAACUCUCGGACUCGUGGUACAACUACUUGUGGUACAUACCCAGUUCCAUCAAUGCCCUAAAGGGCGUCGCACUCCUUCUCGUCAUGGUGGUACUAAUGCCUGGAUAUCGUGAAGUCCUGAAAGGGCUCUGCAGGCGGGUUAACAACAGGUCUGCAGUAACCUCGUGUCAUGGCGGCUCUGAUGGGGGAACCCAACAUGUUGAAUCGGAUGUCUAAUCGUUACUGCGGUCUCUUACGCCGUCGUGUCCUAAGCUCUAGAGUACUAAAUCUGUUUAACUAGGCCUACAAAAUAUAGCAACUAAAUUGCCUCAUUUAAAAAUCGGGGUUUAGCCUACAAUGAAGUCCGUAACACUCACCUUGCAGUUGUUAGAAGGCCGAAGCCGAACCUUACUUUGGGGACUCACGCCUGUUCAGGUUUCGUUACCGGAAGUGAAUCUCAAGUCUCCAAAAUAUGGCUUGAACAAAAUAUAAGGAACAAUUCUGAUCACCACUGAGCUAAAAUGAUACACAAGGGCGCAACGACGUGUCGACCGCGUUCACCCUUCUGUUAACUGACUGAACGUUAAGGUUGAGCCGUCGAGAGGACUUAGACUCUGUACUGGAACUCGACCUACUUCAGUUGAGAACUGGUUACAAACUUACAUAGCUGUGGGACUCAUCACUCUAUGUCCAUCUAACAGUCCUAAUUCCUUUAUUCGGUCAUUUUCAGGAUUAACGGCACUCAAGGAAGCUUAGAGUUCAACUGACAUUUUCAAAUUUCAAUGGAUAACUCCUCCAAGUGCCAGUCUGCCGGUUCUCAGAAAGUUCUUUAUUAUGAGGUUGCUAGAUCCAUGUUCUUCUUUGCCCUGGCUUGGAUUGUGCAAGAGGAAAUACUACCACCAGUACCUUCACUUCAACUGCAGUAGGUCUACAGUUACUGAAAGACAAUUCAGAAAGUAUUGAGGUAUUUUUUUUUAUGGUAUUUUUACGUUGCAUGGAACCAGUGGUUAUUCAGUAACGGGAUAAACGGCUUUACGUGACUUCCGAACCACGUCGAGAGUAAACUUCUAUCACCAGCAAUACACAUGACUCAAUGGAAUGGCCGAGAAUCGAACCCGCGACCACCGAGGUGGGAAGCCAACACCAUAUCAACCAUGCCACUGAGACGCUUAUAUUAUUGAGGUAUUCGUGUAAUUAGUUUAAAACAUAUAUUUCUUUAAUAAAAGACUACAAAGAUAAAAUGGAA